AGAGAUACUGUACUGUAUCUCAAAUUUGUUGCUCAACUAAUUUAUGACUGCGGCCGACGCAGCCAGUCGGAUGUGAAACUUGAAGCGAAAGUAAUCGCUUUUAGAUUUCUCCUAAUUCAUUGGUCGAGGAGCUGUCCCAGUUUUCUUUUCAUGGCUUGGAAAAGUAUAGAUUUCAUCUUCAGCCUGGACAGUUUUUCGAGAAUCGUAAAACCCUAAGAAUCGUUUCCCCGUGGUUCCGCAUGUGGAAAACAUAAAUCAGGACAGAAGACCACACCCAGGCCAUCCGAAACCUGUACAUCCUGACAGGUGGAGUAGUGGAUGCUGGGAGUCUGUACCGGGCGGUGGACUGUCUCCAGGUGUGUGACCCCAGGAGUAACAGGGGUGGACUGUCCCCCAGGCGUGUGACCCAAGUGAUCCUGCUUAGAGCCUCUCACCCCGUCCGUCACCAUGGAAGCCGUCGGGAAAUACGAUUUCGCCGCCGCGGCCGAGGACGAGCUCAGCUUCCGAAAGGGAGACGUUCUGAAGAUCAUAAGCACUGAGGAUAACUGGUACAAGGCAGAGUUCCAUGGACAUGAAGGCUUUGUUCCCACCAACUACAUCGAGAGAAACAUUCCCAGCUGGUUCCAGGAGAACUGCAGCCGGGGUUCAGCAGAGGAGACUCUGAUGUCGUGUGAGGUGGGGGCCUUCUUGAUCCGCGGCAGCCAGAGCUCCCCUGGGGACUUCUCCAUCUCCGUCAGGCACGAGUGCGAUGUGCAGCACUUCAAAGUCAUGAUGGACCACAAGGGCCAGUACUUCCUGUGGACGGAGAAGUUCAGCUCCCUCAACAAGCUGGUGGAGUACUACAAGCGCACCUCCAUCUCGCGACAGAGGCAGAUCUUCCUGCAGGACCGGAGCUGGGACCCCAUGGCCCCGGCCGUGUCCAUGACCGGAGGGCCCCCGCCGCAGGCAAAGAGAGGAAGUCUCCCGGAGGAAAGAAGCUCCCCCAACCCCGCAGCCCACCGGAGGGCCUCAGACCUGCCGCCCUCCACACAGUAUAAGAGAAGCAGCCUGGAUGACAGAGUUCACACCCUGGGCAGCAUGGGAACGGCCAGUCCUCCCACCUUUGUCCAGACCCCACGACGGCCCUCCGACAACACGCCUUUCGGACAGAGGCCAGCCCUGCAGGUGAGGGCUCUGUACAGCUUCACGGCAGAGGAGAGCGAUGAGCUGGGCUUCAGCGCCGGCGAGGUCAUCGACGUGGUGGACCACUCCGACUCCACCUGGUGGAAGGGGAGGCUGAGGGGCAAGAUCGGCCUCUUUCCCACCAACUACACCACGCCCAUAUGACACCACCAACUACACCACCCCCACGUGACACCACCAACUACACCACCCCCACAUGACACCACCCAGUACACCACCCCCAUAUGACACCACCACGUACACCACCCCCAUAUGACACCACCACGUACACCACCCCCACAUGACACCACCCAGUACACCACCCCCAUAUGACACCACCACGUACACCACGCCCAUAUGACACCACCAACUACACCACCCCCAUAUGACACCACCAACUACACCAUGUCCAUGACUGCACGCCCGCAUGACACCACUCCCAUAUGACGCCACGCCCACAUGACACCACGCCCAUAUGACACCACCAACUACACCACCCCCACGUGACACCACCAACUACACCACCCCCAUAUGACACCACCAAGUACACCACCCCCACAUGACACCACCCAGUACACCACCCCCAUAUGACACCACCACGUACACCACGCCCAUAUGACACCACCAACUACACCACCCCCAUAUGACACCACCCAGUACACCACCCCCAUUUGACACCACCCAGUACACCACGCCCAUAUGACACCACCAACUACACCAUGUCCAUGACUGCACGCCCGCAUGACACCACUCCCAUAUGACACCACUCCCACCAACUAAGCCACUGGUCCACUAGCAGCCUAACUCAGGGAUGCAGUAUAAUCCAGUGAAAACGUAUAGUGUGUGAGAUGUUUGUUUUUAAACUUGGCUAAAGGCUAAAUGAUAAAACUCAGUGUAAAAGAUGAUAAAUUAAAGUAAAUGGAGGUAUGAUUUUAAUGAGUGUAAUAAUGAUGGCAUGCUAUGUGGCUUCUGUAAAACAGACCACAUUCCCGGAAACAAAGAGGUAACCUGUCCAUCAAGUGCAGAUAGAAUGAUGACAGCGGAAAACGCCGCCAAACGCCGCUUGGUGGUUGGAAUGUGAUGGAAAAUUGUUUUUGCCCUGUCAUAAUAUAUAUUUAAGGUACCAGUUCAGCCCAGUAGUUGUGUACUUACCCACUAAGUACUAGGUAACUAACGGGCUGUUUAAAAAAAAAAGAUAAUAAUAAUAAAUAAAAACUUUCAAAGCAUUAGAGAUUAUUCUAUAAAUCAGCGAUUUGAUAUCAAUUAUUAAUGGUGAGAUGCACGAUCCAAGAUACAUGAUACAGGUUAAUAUAUGCAAUAACAUAAAAAAGAGGAAGAAAAACUAACUAAAGCUAUGCUAACUACAGUUUAACAUUUUUCAUAGCUGCUGAUGCUUUCGCUAAAUUUAUAUUUGAUACGGAUAUGAUAAACGUCAUUUACCUGGAUACCUUGGUUUUAUUUGUUUCUGAAACAUGCCCAUCGUGCUACUAGUCUGUUUCUAUGGACAUAGGCAUGUUGUAAUGAACCGUAUUAUUUUCCUAAUAAACUACAUAAUGUAUAAGAAUAAAAUUAAAGUAUUUUUCUGAAAAA